GAGGAAGGAAAGGGGGCUGAUUCUGGAAGCCAUUACGCCAGUGUCGCAGGGUGGAGGCCGUUGAGCGGGGCUUGCUGGGUGGCUGCGGGCCAUGGCGUCGCCCCCGGCUCCCCCGGCCAAGAAGCGGAAGAUGAACUUCUCGGAGCGGGAGGUGGAGAUCAUCGUGGAGGAGCUGGAGCGCGGCAAGCACCUCCUCAUCAACCACUUCAACGCGGGCGUACCGCUGGCCGCCAAGGCCGCCGCCUGGCACGACAUCCUGCGGCGCGUCAACGCCGUCGCCACCUGCCACCGCGAGCUGCCCGAAGUGAAGAAGAAAUGGUCCGACCUCAAGACUGAGGUGCGGCGCAAAGUGGCCCAAGUGCGAGCCGCCAUGGAAGGGGGGAGCGAGAGCCAGAACGGUGGCGGUGCCGGGACGGAGGGCGAAGACCCAAGCGGUGCCACGGCUGCUCCCGUCAUCCUCACUCCCAUGCAACAGCGCAUCUGCAACCUGCUGGGAGAGGCCACCAUCAUCAGCCUGCCCAGCGGGGACUGCGGGGCGGCCGAUGGGACCGAGAUCCCCAUCACCGCCUCCACCACCACCGUCACGCUGACCCAGAUUCCUGCAGAGACAACUUACCACAGUCUGGAGGAUGGGGUCGUGGAGUACUGCACAACAGAAGCCCCCGCCACAGUUACUGCCGAAGCACCCUUGGAGAUGAUGGCACAUCAACACGAAGUAUCUGCAAAACCCCAGGAGCUGAAAAGCCGCAUUGCUCUGAACUCAGCGAAGCUCCUGCAGGAGCAGCGAGUGACCAACUUGCACGUGAAGGAGAUCGCCCAGCACCUGGAGCAGCAGAAUGACUUGCUUCAGAUGAUCCGUCGCUCUCAGGAGGUGCAGGCAUGUGCGCAGGAGCGCCAGGCUCAAGCCAUGGAAGGAACACAGGCUGCACUGAGUGCCCUCAUCCAGGUCCUCCGCCCCAUGAUUAAGGACUUCCGUCGAUUUUUGCAGAGCAAUACACCCAGUCCUUCGGUGACCGCUGACCCCGGCCAGACUGGGCAGCAAGAUGGCAUUAUCCAGUGAAAGAAACAGCAGUUGGACUUCUUUAUUGGUAAAAAAUCUGCCCCUGCUGCCAUUGGACACGGAGGAAGGGGUGCUGGCUCUUGUCAAUGUGAAAUGGCUCGCCUUGGAGCCUUGCUGAGCCCCAACGGCUUUCUUCUCUGCUAAUCUUAUGCUAAUCUGCCUUUUCAGACCCAUCGUGCAGAGCAGAAGCAGGAGAUUUAAUAAACAAGGAACCUAACCUCGGUUGCUUUAGUUCCUCAAAAAAAUAGAUUUGUUUAAAAAAAAAAAAAAAGGGAGAGAAAAAAAGACAAUUAUUUUUUUAUCUGUUUGAAAAGCUCUUCUGGGUAUGACACUUCUUUCUUCCUCUGCCUUGAUCUAUAGCCUUUAACUGACUUCAAACACGGACAGUCUUGCUAUUAAGUCACAGCAAUGAAGCUGCCAAGGUACAGUUAUCAUAAGCUGCAGUGUCUGGUAGUGAGUGCAUUUCUGUCUCUUGAUGAAAGUAUUUACUGGAAACGUGGUAUCAGAGGUGGUACAACCUUUCUCUGCACUGAGAGCUUGUGGAUACUGCUCUUGGAGCAUGAAGUUCACCCGCACAGACUAGCACUAAGCCUACUAUAUGCAGUUCAAAUCCCACCCAUAUCCCCCAAGGAUAUAAAUGGGAUUAAAAUAGUGUAUUCACCUCA